UUCAAAUUUGGUGAAUUUUGAGGCUUUUGCUCACAGCCUACACUCACUCAACUCUCUCUACAAUGGAGCCCCCACCUCUGAAGCUCGUGAUGCUCCAAGGCCCACGCCAGGGCGAAACCCUAGAAUUCCGACACGGAUCCACAAUCCGAAUCGGCCGCGUGGUCCGCGGCAACACCAUCGCGAUCAAGGACGCCGGAGUCUCCACCAAGCACUUCUGCAUCGAGUCCUCCUCGUCGUCCGGGUCAGGCCAAUGGAUCCUCCGCGACCUCGACUCCUCCAACGGUACCCAACUCAACGCCACCAAGCUCCUCCCGGACAUACCCUACGAUCUCCACGACGGCGAUUCCAUCAAGAUCGGCGAGUACACCUCGAUCUUGGUCCAGAUCGAAGGCCACGAAGAGAGCCAGCUGAGGCGGAACCCCAGGCGCCGAGCCGCCGAGAAAGAUGCUUGCGGCCGGGGAGGUACGGUUUCGAAGGAAAGCGAAGCUAAAUGUGAAGAGAAAGGUGAGGAGUUGCAGACUGGAAAUCGAAGGAACGCCCGGCCCAGGAAAGCUAGGGUUCUGAAGAGCGAAGACACAGCAGACGAAUUCCCUGAUCGGGAGUCGGAGAAUGUGAGACCCGUGGAGCAGAAAGCGGCACGGCAAGUGAGUACGCGGCGCACUCGGAGCGCGAAGAAUGAGGAAUCAGUGGUUUCCGAUCUGAUACCCGAAACGAUUCCAGAGAAUUCCGGUGUUGAGUGUCGAGAAUUGGAGAUUAAGGGUAAGAAGACGCGGGGCGGGGCGAGGAGGAGGAGGAAUUUAGGUGAAGAGGCCACAGAUUGCGCUCGAGUCGAUGCUUUGAAGGAUAAAGAGAAUUUGGAAGAAAAGAAUAGAAUUGACGUCGAUAACGGCGCGGCAGUGGUUUCCAAUCCGAUAUUCGAGACGAUUCCAGAGAAUUCCGGUGUUGAGUGUGGAGAAUUGGAGAUUAAGGGUAAGAAGACGCGGGGCGGGGCGAGGAGGAAGAGGAAUUUAGGUGAAGAGGCCCCGGAUUGUGCUCGAGUCGAUGCUUUGGAGGAUAAUGGGAAUUUGGAAGAAAAGAAUAGAAUUGAUGUCAAUAACGUCGCGGCAGUGGCUUCCGAUCCGAUAGUUGAGGUGAUUCCAGAGAAUUCCGGUGUUGAGUGUGGAAAAUUGGAGAUUAAGGGUAAGAUGAAGCGGGGCGGGGCAAGGAGGAGGAAUAUAGGUGAAAAGGCACCAGAUUGCGCCCAAGUCGAAGCUUCGGAGGGUAAGGAAAAUUUGGAAGAUGAAAGCAGAAUUGAUGUCGAUAAUGGAGCGGCAGUGAGUGGAGUUGAUGAGAAGGUGGGAAAUGGGGCGGAUUCUGGUGUUAGAGAGGAGGGGCUGGAUUUGGAGAAGAUGACGCUUGGGGAGUGGUUUGAUUAUAUAGAGGUGCAUUUGCCGAAACAGAUAAUCGAUGCGACUGAAGAGAUGAUUGAGGGUAUGAGACGGAAGGCCGAGCGAGUUCGUGAGUAUAUGGUGGAGCAGAGGAACGGGAAGGGCAAAGUGCCGGUGGGAUAGAGGACAGAGCAGGUCGGUUUAUGUGGUAAUUGGUAGCUUAAUUGGCUUGAUGUUUUGAAUUUAUAUUGUGGAUUAUCUGUGAAUGUGAUCAGAAUUGUCUCUGAGCUAUGCAUUUCCCACUUCACAUUUUUGAGAAUGUAGUGUUUUGAGUUGGUAAUCUUCUGCUUGGAGUCAUUGGUCUAGUUUAAGGUCAGUGUCGAGUCCACUUGGAAAGAUGGUUAGGUGUCUAGAACUUCUUCCUGAUAUAGGAACCAAGGAAUCUAGGUAAGGCUAUUAGACAAUUUUUGGAUCAAUGGGGUGGCUGUGUAGCUUAGGUCAGGUGCUUGCAAGGGUCCUCAGCCCUCAGGAUUCUUUGGGAAAGUGGUAAAACUCUUACAAAUUCCAUUUGUUGCUGUAUAUGUGGGCUUUUAAUCUUAUGAAUGUGAUGAACAAGUUAAACUUUUGUAGGCUGUAAGUAUCAGAAAUUGGUGUUAUUUUGUUAAUCUACUACUGGAUU